CGCAAUUCUGGGUUCGACGACAACGACGACGACGAGCAUCCGACCCGGCAGACCGAUAACCCAGCACGCCGCAAUCAUGCUCAUCCCCAAGGUUGACCGCAAGAAGAUCCACGAGUACCUCUUCCGCGAGGGUGUACUCGUUGCGAAGAAGGACUUCAACCUCCCCAAGCACGGUGACAUUGACACCAAGAACCUUUACGUCAUCAAGGCUUGCCAGUCCCUUACUUCUCGCGGCUAUCUGAAGACCCAGUUCUCCUGGCAAUGGUACUACUACACCCUCACCCCUGAGGGUCUCGACUACCUCCGGGAAUGGCUCCACCUCCCCGCCGAGAUCGUCCCUGCUACCCACAUCAAGCAGCAGCGCUCUCACGUUCCCCCUCGUGGCAUGCUCGGUGGUGAAGAGAGACGGGGUCCCCGCCGCGACCGUGGCGACAGAGAGGGUGGCUACCGGAGACGCGACCAGGGUGAGGGCAAGGAGGGCGGUGCCCCCGGCGAAUUCGCUCCUCAGUUCCGUGGUGGCUUCGGCCGUGGUCGUGUUCCCGCCCGGGAGGCUUAAAUUGGCGAUUAUUUGAUGCCAUUAAUACUCUUCAAAAUAAUCAAACGGAAAAGUAACAUUUUUCAAUUUGGGAUGGCUUGAUUGGGCCGGAUGGUAGCGUGUCUGGUCGAGUGACAGAAAUUGCCGGGGUCGCAUAGGUCGAG